UUCGUGAGUCGCAUGUCGCACGUUGUUUGUGCUGCAGGAGGAAAUCUGUUAUUAAGAGCUCUGUUGGACUUUGUGUUUGUAUUUGGUGUGAGAUUCUAAUAAUUUUCGUUAUGGGAUUGAACGGUGCUAUAAUUGCUUCCUGUGUAUUGGGGAUGGGAUUGUCGUAUUAUGCGUAUGUUGUUGAAACAUCGAAAGAAGCUGAUGCCAACUACCAACCCGCGUGUGACAUUAGUGAACACAUGAGCUGCUCAAAAGCGUUUAUGUCAGAAUUCGGAAAAGGGUUCGGCAUUGUGCAUCGUACGCUGGGAAAAGAUUCCGCCCUACAUGUCUCCAAUGGCCUUAUUGGGAUGUUUUUCUACAGUGUUUUUGCCGCUCUGAGUUUCACAAGCAGUGUAGUAGCAAGCAGGAUUCAGUUGUUUAUGGCUGUCCUAUCUAACUUUGGCUCUGUCUACCUUGCAUAUGUUUUGUACUUCAUACUCUAUGAUUUCUGUGUGAUAUGUGUUACAACAUAUAUUGUUAAUCUUGUUAAUUUAAUUUUAGUAAUAUUGAAGUUACGAAAAGUUCCUAGUUCUACUCAGAAGAAAACUACGUCCAAAAAGAAAAAGAAUUAAAAUGAGUUAUUUGUACAGUUACAAGCUAAUUGUGUUAAUGAAAUACCAUUCCUUGAACAGGAAUGAAGAGUGAUCUCAUUCAGGGUAUAUUUUAAGGCCAGUAACAUGGUUAAGUCAACAGGUUAAAUGGGAAAAGGUGCUACAUGUAUUUUACUGUCCAAGCUAUUAAAUGACAAAUCAAGUACAAAAGUUGAACCAUAUAUUUUUGGAUUAUUUGUUUGAACAGUACAGAAAAGCAACAAGUAAAUAAAAGUCUGACAUGUUGGAAGAAACCAUUUCUAUUUUAGGACUGAAUUUUUACGUCCUUCCUUUACUAGAACAGUUCCAUCAUAUAUAUGGAUUUUUUAAUCAAGAGCUUUAAAAAUGACAAAAUGUACUAAAUGUAUAAUUAUUCCAAUGAAACUGUGCCAUUGUUAAGAAUAGAAAAUUGAAAGAAUACCUUUUAAAAGACAUCAUUUACAAAUAAUCUUGUAGAUAUGUUGUCAUAAUAUGUUUUAUUAUUGUAAGAAGCAUACUUUAAUUAAGUAGUUAAGACUGAUUCUUUUUUUCAUGUCUUUUUCAUAAUUUUUAGUGUAACCAUCAAAUGAAUAGUACGGACAUGCAGGUACUUGAAAUAUUCUGAGUUUUCUAAGUUCUCUGGAUGUUCCUUAAUUUUCUUUUGUGAAUGGAUAAAUAAAUGCUUCAGAGAUUUCCACAUCUGCUUUAUACUCACCAUCAUACUUAAAAAGGUUGGAUGCUUAAGAGUUCCAUUUAGAUGUUCCUAUGCCUGAAAUCACGGUGCUCAUGUUUUGUUAGGUCACCUAUCAUGUUAUCAAUGAAAAAGCAUCUCCAAAUGUGUUACAUAAAUUGUUAGUGUGUAGAAAAAUGAAAUUGUUAAAAAAUUUUAUGUACCAGAUAUAUUACAGAAAUACUGAGGCAACAGUUAACACACAUUUGUAAUAAUAGUUAAGAAUCUGAAAAAAUAUCUUGAGCUAACUGUAAAUGGGAGGAACUUAUGCAGUUGUUAUUACUCCCAUUUACUUCUAGAUUAACACUAGUAGUUAUUGGGGAAGACAAGAAGUGCAAUCUUAAAGUCAUAAACACAAAGAAAAUUAAAAUUUCAUUCAGAAUCACUUGUAUGUGAUCACCACAGUAGAAGCUUAUUUCUACUAAACCUUAGAGGUUUUUCCAGGUAUUGUUUAUUUGUGUUCAGCAAAAGUGUAAGUUAAAUUGCAAUACUUUCUUAUCUAGUAUGCCACUUGUAAGUAACAAUGUCAGAGAAAGUUAAUGGAGAGGCACAAAUCAUGUGCAAGCAUUAUUUUC